AUGGGAGGAGGCACUUUCGAUGUCUCGCUCCUGACCAUCGAGGAUGGUAUCUUCGAGGUGAAGGCCACGGCGGGCGACACCCACCUGGGUGGCGAGGACUUCGACAACCGCGUGGUGGACUUCUGCAUCCAAGACUUCAAGCGCAAGAACCGCGGCAAGGACAUGGCCGGCAACCAGCGCGCCAUCCGAC